GGUCAGUUACAGGGCAUGAGGUACUACAAGCCGGGGACAGAAAUCGGAAAAGGUGAAAAUGAGGAGAGUUUGAAGCUGGUAGAAGAGGCGAGGAAGUCCAAGCUGUUGAGAUGCUGCAACCCUACGUGUGGCAAACCAGGAUACAGGUCAACUGGAACCCUGAAGCUGUGUGGCCGGUGCAAGCUGACCCGCUACUGCAGCCGUGACUGUCAGAAACAACACUGGUCUGUCGGACACAAGAAGUGCUGUGGGCAUGACGCGUACAAUCACGAUGAAGCUGAUCCCCUCCAACAACGGAUGGCUGAUAAAAGCCAUAUGAAGCAUAGUUGAUUACAUGGUGCCAUUUAAUACAGACAUGUACUCUGACGAAGGACCAAACCAUAUGGCUGUCUUUCACUGAGGAUAUGAUUCUGGCGUUCUUGUAGAAAUGACGCCCUAAAUGAAGCUCAUACAGUUGCACGUUUCAAAUGACCUUGUUUGAUUUCUCUUGUAGAAGAAAGUAAAACCGUUGAACGAGUAUAUGAUUAGUUAGUUGGAUUUUACGACGGAAACUAAAAAAAAACUGAUUACACACUUUAUUACACAUGUGCAUGCUUGUUUGUUGUAGCAACGGACAUCUUUGUGUUUUCAGACAAAGAUACGAAACACAUUUGAAUUGAAUGUAAGAAAAUUAAACACACUGAAAAGGCUUGUUGUAUUACUGUUACCAUUUACUUGUUCGCCAUUUAAGAAUAUAGAGACACUCGUCAAGAAAUUGUACAAUAUUCAGACAAAGGACACAGCAAGGAAGGUUUACUGAUGUUUGCCUACAAGUUCAAUGUUAUUUGUCAGUUACGUACUUCUACAUCAAUAUUGUACAUGGCAUAGAAUGGCUCUCUUUAGUAAAUCUUUGACAUGUUUUAAUGUCUACCCUACAUGACAAACACGCAAUAAUACUAUUCAUUGUUGUAAUAUAAUAUGUAUAGUCAUUAAUCCUUCAAUUGUACUGUCACGGGUCUUACAGCCAAUUGGCUAUACAUUUGUAUAAGUCAAACAUCACCUUUAUUCCAAGGAUAUAUCACUUAUACAUAUUAAAUUGGACUUUAUACCAAUUAA